GCUCCGUAUUAACGCUGUAAGACGCUCCAGUCGCUGUUGUCGUCGUCAUCGGGCUGAAGCCUCCGCUGUUCGUUUCCCUUCGGCCGCACCGCCUGCUUAAAAUCCACGCACCCAGGCUGCUGCGUCAGGUUCCGCCCGGUCCCGGUCCCGCAGCUCGGCUCCGUUGCUCCGCUCUGAAACCGCGUCAUCCCAGAACAUGGUCCACGCGUCGCUGUGAGUCUCAUCUCCGUUCCACCACGCAGCGUUCCACGGGGCCACGGACGAGGAGGCGCGCACCAUGAUGUCCUACUACCACACGGCCAAGGAGGCGGACAUGGCCGCCAUGGCGGAGCCGCUCUGCCUGGAGAGAGACGUGUGCAGAGUGAUCGAGCUGCUGGACCGGCUGCAGCGGAGCGGAGAGCUGCCUCCUCCCAAGCUGCAGGCGCUGCAGAGAGUCCUGCAGAGCAAAUUCUGUGCUGCCAUCAGAGAGGUCUAUGAGCAGCUGUACGACACACUAGAUAUUGUCGGAGGACCAGAAGUGCGAGCGCAAGCAACGGCCAAGGCCACGGUGGCGGCCUUCGCGGCCAGCGAGGGCCACGCCCACCCUCGCGUGGUGGAGCUGCCCAAGACGGAGGAGGGCCUCGGCUUCAACAUCAUGGGGGGCAAAGAGCAGAACUCGCCCAUUUACAUCUCCCGGGUGAUCCCUGAAGGCGUGGCCGACCGCCAAGGAGGGCUGAAGAGGGGCGACCAGCUGCUGUCCGUCAACGGAGUGAGCGUGGAGGGCGAGCACCACGAGAAGGCGGUGGAGCUGCUGAAGGCGGCUCAGGGCUCGGUGAAGCUCGUGGUGCGCUACACCCCGAAGGUCCUGGAGGAGAUGGAGGCCCGCUUCGAGAAGAUGCGGAGCGCCCGCCGGCGCCAGCAGCACACCAGCUACUCGUCUCUGGAGUCCAGGGGAUAAUGGCAAGGCCCCCCCCCCCGUCCACCGGCGCCACCCAGUCCUCCUGACACUGUUCCAACGGGGGAGCAGGACCGUGGACGGGAAGCAAAAAACCAAAGUAGCCUGCGAAGACCUGCUAUCUGAACUUCCUCCUGAAGCCAUCCAGGCAGUCUAAGAACACCCCCCCCCCCCCCCCCUCGCUCCUGAACCCUUUCUUAUAGAACUUCAAAGUAAGCUUGUUGUGGGACCAUAACGUUGUGUUUCCAGUGUGAAGUCAUCCUCAGUAUCCUGUUCAAUAAGGGCAACGCAUUGUCUCUAGUGUGUGACAUAACUAAAACGUAAUGUUUGCAUUCUCCACACGUUACUCUUGUUUUCUCAUGACAUGUGGUGUAGUGGAGGAAACGUGAGUCAUAUGUCCCAGGUAGAGGGCUAAUCCCACAUCCGGCUGCACGAAACCUGUUGGAAGAGUGUUGAUGAGGAAAUGGAAAUGGGAGCGAACAGCUGGAUCCAGUUCUGGGGUGACAAUUACCAUUAAGAGCAAAUUCAUGUAAGCGUAGUCCUAGUCGUAGUCUUUGCAUUAGCGAACUGUAUUAUUUACUUGCAUCGGUCAAGAAAUAAACCCGUGUGAAAAGA